CCGAACCCCCCCUGCGGGGGCUGAUGGUUCACAAACGUAGCUCGUCCCCGGCUGACGUUCCCAUAGACGGGAGCUUGCCGGCGGAGCGGAGCAGCCCGGCCCUGCUGGGUGCUAGCUCCCGCGCUCGGCGCUGACCACCCCGCCGGGGGGAUGCUGCCCCUCCGCUCCGCGCUUCUACCCAAGCGCUACCGCGGCGGCUCGGCUCCGCGCUCGCGGCCGGGCCUCGCGGCCGCACGAGCAACGGCGGCAGGAGGAGGAGAAGGGCGUGGCGGCGGCGGCGGCGGCGGCGGCGGCGGCGGCGGCGGCGGCGGGUCCCCCGCUUUGGUCCCGCGGGGCGGCGCCGGGUCGGUGCGGGUGCCGGUCCGGCGGCGCGGGCUGGGGUCACCGCGGGCUGCCCGGAGGGGGGCGGAGCAGGAGCCGCUGCGCCCGAGCGCGCGCUGGCCGGUAGGGGCCGCUGCCGCUGCCCGCAGGGCGCGGGGAGGCGGGGCCGGCGGGCGCGGGGCGAGGCCCAGUCGGACGGCGGCGGCGUCGCUCCUGUUGGCCCAGCCGGCGGCAGCUAUGGCGGCCGUACUGUCCCCGCGCCUCUGCGACAGUGACCCAGCCACRCCCGGCGCGCAAUCCCUCAAGGAUGACACGGAAGAAAAUUCCAAUGAUGGCAGCCAGCCAUCCAAAAGACGGCGUAUGGGCUCAGGGGACAGUUCUCGGAGCUGUGAAACUUCCAGUCAAGACCUUGGGUAUAGUUACUUUCCUGCUGAAAAUUUGAUAGAAUACAAAUGGCCACCAGAUGAAACAGGAGAAUACUAUAUGCUUCAGGAGCAAGUCAGUGAAUAUUUGGGUGUGACUUCUUUCAAGAGAAAAUACCCAGAUUUAGAAAGGCGAGAUUUAUCUCACAAGGAGAAGCUCUACCUCAGAGAACUAAAUGUUAUCACAGAGACUCAAUGCACACUAGGUCUAACAGCUUUGCGUAGUGAUGAAGUAAUUGAUCUUAUGAUUAAAGAAUACCCUGCCAAACAUGCUGAGUAUUCUGUUAUAUUGCAAGAGAAAGAACGGCAGCGAAUAACAGAUCAUUAUAAAGAGUAUUCUCAAAUGCAGCAGCAGAAUACACAGAAGGUAGAAGCCAGUAAAGUUCCAGAAUAUAUUAAAAAAGCUGCCAAGAAAGCUGCAGAAUUCAACAGCAAUUUAAACCGAGAGCGGAUGGAAGAAAGAAGAGCCUAUUUUGAUUUACAGACACAUAUUAUCCAGGUGCCUCAAGGAAAGUACAAAAUCUUGCCUACAGAGAGAACAAAGGUUAGUCCUUAUCCAGUGGCUCUCAUACCCGGCCAAUUCCAGGAGUACUACAAAAGAUAUUCUCCAGAUGAACUUCGUUACUUGCCAUUAAACACAGCUCUGUAUGAACCUCCUUUGGAUCCAGAGCUGCCUGCAUUGGACAGUGAUGGAGAUUCAGAUGAUGCAGAGGAAGGGCGAGGUGAUGAAAAACGGAAAACCAAAGGCAAUUCGCCAAAGGUCAUACCAAAUGCUAUAUGUGGAAUUUGUCUGAAGGGUAAGGAGUCGAACAAGAAAGGAAAAGCUGAAGCUCUUAUACGUUGCUCCCAGUGUGACAACAGUGGCCACCCUUCUUGCCUUGAUAUGACCCCGGAACUUGUUGCUAUGAUUAAGACUUACCCUUGGCAAUGUAUGGAGUGUAAAACAUGCAUUAUAUGCGGGCAGCCUCACCAUGAAGAAGAAAUGAUGUUCUGUGAUGUAUGUGACCGUGGUUAUCACACUUUUUGUGUGGGGCUUGAUGCUAUCCCUUCAGGUCGCUGGAUUUGUGAUUGUUGUCAGAAAGACCCUCCUGUACCCAGAAGAGGAGGAAGAAGGGGGAAAAACAGCAAGGAGGGCUAAAGAAGCCCCAAAAACUUGCUGUCCAAAACCUAACUGUACAAAUUAAAGUGAUCUUUGGGUGCUAUUUAACCAACCACUUUAAGAGGAGCAAUACCACUUUUUUUUCUUUUUACUAAAUAAACUUUGUCUAGAUAAUGAU